AUGAAAACUGUAACAUGCACUGCUCCAGUAAAUAUUGCAGUUAUAAAAUAUUGGGGAAAGAAAGAUGAAGAUUUGAUUUUACCAACCAACUCCUCACUGAGUGCAACACUUGGUCAAGAUGAGCUCAGAGCAAAGACAACUGUUGCUGUUGAUUCAAGUUUCAAAGAGGAUAAGAUGUGGUUAAAUGGGAAGGAAGAAGGUGUUGUUUCUAAAAGAAUUCAGAAUGUUUUUAGAGAAACAAGAAAAAGAAAGGGAAACCAAGAUUCAGUAGAUGGUCUUAAUCAAAAAAUUCAUAUUUGUUCAGAAAAUAAUUUCCCCACAGCUGCAGGAUUAGCAUCAUCUGCUGCAGGAUAUGCCUGUUUAGUAUAUUCUCUGAGCAAGUUGUUUAAUGUUCAAGGAGAAAUUUCUGAUAUUGCCAGACUAGGAUCAGGCAGUGCUUGUAGAAGUAUUUAUGGUGGGUUUGUAGAAUGGCAGAUGGGAAGCUUGUCUGAUGGAUCAGAUUCUAUAGCUAAACAAGUAACACAUGAUCAUCAUUGGCCAGAAAUGUGUAUUUUAGUUUUAGUGGUGUCUGAUCAAAAGAAACAUACUGGUAGUACUCAAGGAAUGCAGAUCAGUGUACAGAACAGUACCUUAUUACAGAAACGUAUAGAAAUUGUACCUAAUAGAAUCAAAAAUAUAACAAAAGCUAUUAUUGAUAAAGAUUUUGUGACAUUUGCAGAGAUAACCAUGAAGGAUAGCAAUCAGUUUCAUGCAAUAUGUUUAGAUACAUAUCCACCUAUAUCUUAUCUCACAGAUGUGUCACGUCAGAUAAUCAGUUUUGUUCACCAGUUCAAUGACCAUUGUCAGCAAACUAAGGUAGCAUAUACAUUUGACGCUGGUCCAAAUGCUUGUUUAUAUCUAUUGGAAGAAGAUUUACCUCGGGUAGUAUCACUAGUUAAUCAUUACUUUCCACCACAAAAUAACGGCUUGACAUUAACAAUACAAGGUCGGCCAGUGACCUUACAGACACCAACUCAGGAAGAUAAAGAUGCUAUUAAUAUACCUGUUUCACCAAAUUCUAUCAAAUAUUUAAUAAACACUAAGAUAGGUAAAGGACCUCAAGUUUUGUCAGAUCCCAAAGAAUGUUUAUUAAAUGAUGACGGAUUACCAAAGUCUUUACAGAGCCAAUAAAGUGUCUUAAUUUUAACUUUUUACUUAUUAUAACUGUUGAGUUGAUUUGAUAUUUUAUAGCAGUACUAGCACAAUACACUAGUGAAUCAAUAUAUUUUGAUAUGACAUGCAACAAUAUCGCUACUUUACGAUUCUAGGCAUUCUGAACGUGUGUAAAAAUAUAUCUUGAUUGUCCAUUCGUAAAUAUAACAUGUUAGCAGUAAGAUGUCGACAUUUAAUAUAUUUAAUAUAUGUAAAAUAAAUGUGUGUAUAAAACAUUGAAAAUUCAAAGUUU